AAUACACAUGCCAAAAGAUGGAUUUCAGCUUAUAUCUUCUGGAUACCAAGCAUGGCUAAAGCAGUGCUCUAUGCCCAGAUCUCUGUGGCUGGGCUGCUCCAGCCUGGCGGACAGCAUGCCCUCGCUGCGAUGCCUGUAUAACCCAGGGACUGGCGCACUCCCAGCUUUCCAGAAUUCCUCUGAGAGAGAAGACUGUAAUAAUGAUGAGCCCCCUAGGAAGAUCAUUCCUGAGAAGAAUUCACUUAGACAGACCUACAACAGCUGUGCCAGACUGUGCUUAAACCAGGAAACAGUAUGUCUAGGAAGCACUGCUAUGAAGACUGAAAAUUGUGUGGCCAAAACAAAACUUGCCAAUGGCACUUCCAGUAUGAUUGUGCCCAAGCAAAGAAAACUGUCUGCAAGCUAUGAGAAGGAGAAGGAGCUCUGCGUCAAGUACUUUGAACAGUGGUCCGAGUCUGAUCAGGUGGAGUUUGUGGAGCACCUCAUCUCCCAGAUGUGUCACUACCAGCACGGACACAUAAACUCAUACCUCAAACCCAUGUUACAGCGGGACUUCAUCACUGCACUGCCAGCUCGGGGAUUGGAUCACAUUGCUGAGAACAUUCUGUCAUACCUGGAUGCCAAAUCUUUGUGUGCUGCUGAGCUGGUGUGCAAGGAGUGGUACCGGGUGACAUCUGACGGGAUGCUAUGGAAGAAGCUCAUUGAGAGAAUGGUCAGAACAGAUUCCCUGUGGAAGGGUUUGUCAGAGAGGAGAGGAUGGGGGCAAUAUCUAUUUAAAAAUAAACCUCCUGAUGGAACUGCGCCACCCAACUCCUUCUACAGAGCACUUUACCCCAAAAUUAUACAAGACAUAGAGACAAUAGAGUCGAACUGGCGGUGUGGAAGGCACAGUUUACAGAGGAUCCACUGCCGAAGUGAGACAAGCAAAGGGGUUUAUUGUUUACAGUAUGAUGAUCAGAAGAUAGUAAGCGGCCUAAGAGACAAUACUAUUAAGAUCUGGGAUAAGAAUACAUUGGAAUGCAAGCGAAUUCUCACGGGACACACGGGUUCUGUCCUGUGCCUCCAGUAUGAUGAACGGGUGAUCAUUACUGGAUCUUCAGACUCAACAGUCAGAGUGUGGGAUGUGAAUGCAGGUGAGAUGCUGAAUACACUGAUCCACCACUGCGAAGCCGUGCUGCACCUCCGCUUCAACAACGGCAUGAUGGUGACGUGUUCCAAGGACCGCUCCAUCGCCGUGUGGGACAUGGCCUCCCCAACAGACAUCACCCUGAGGAGGGUGCUCGUGGGGCACCGAGCUGCCGUCAACGUAGUGGACUUUGAUGACAAGUACAUUGUAUCGGCAUCAGGUGACAGGACUAUAAAGGUAUGGAACACUAGUACCUGCGAAUUUGUGCGCACCUUAAAUGGCCACAAACGAGGCAUUGCAUGUCUGCAGUACAGAGACAGGCUAGUAGUGAGCGGCUCUUCAGAUAAUACCAUCAGGCUGUGGGAUAUCGAGUGUGGGGCAUGUUUACGAGUACUGGAAGGCCAUGAAGAGUUGGUGAGAUGCAUACGCUUUGAUAACAAGAGGAUAGUCAGUGGGGCAUAUGAUGGGAAAAUCAAAGUAUGGGAUCUUGUGGCUGCUUUGGAUCCCCGUGCUCCAGCAGGGACCCUCUGCUUGCGAACCCUUGUGGAGCAUUCUGGAAGAGUCUUUCGACUUCAGUUUGAUGAGUUCCAGAUCGUCAGCAGCUCACAUGAUGACACCAUCCUCAUCUGGGAUUUUCUGAAUGAUCCAGCUGCCCAGGCAGAAUCCACUCGUUCCCCGUCCAGAACAUACACCUACAUCUCCAGAUAAAUAACACUACACUGUACCUCACACUUGCACAGAAGGAAGAAGAGUUUCUGCAGAGCGAGUAGAGCAGCUGCUGCCUAACAAGAGGAUGCAGAUGGCCUGACCCUGGGCAGUUGUCACCAGGCAGGAGAGUUUUGCCAAGAACCUCCCUCUGAAGUGAUGACCAUUCUCCUCACUCUGCAGCAAGCUGAUUCAAGAUUACAGCUUGGCCGGGGGAGGAGACACUGAGGCACAAGCACAAACCCAGGCAAAUUAAAUUGAGAUGAAUCAAUGUGCAAAAUAAUAUACUGAUAGGGCCUAGCCCUUGUUCUCUCUCUCAUAGCAUGGAUGUUAAAUUAUUCAUAUCAGAGCCUGGUUGGUUUGCUCAUUACCUUUUGUCUUGGCCAGCACAGUGUGGGCAGGACAAAAUGUUUCAUGUGUUUGGGUCAGUUGUAAAGUGAAUUUUAUGCAUAUGAGUGAAGUGGGAUAACAUGCUUUCCUGCAUGGGUGGGUACAUGCACAAUUACUGUUGAUAGCAGUAAACAUAAGAGAGAAGAAUGGCAGAAGAGCUGACAGGCUUCUGCAAAGGGGUGUCCACAGUGACAUUUUCCCAUGAAAGUGCUCUGUCACAGGGCACAUCUUGUAUCCUGUUUGGUAACUGUACAGUGAUGCUCUGGACCUGUCAGAUCUUGAUCAAACACUCUGAUCAAUCAGAUGUUAUUUUAAAUCAUUAAAAGGCUUAGUAUGAA